CUCUCUCUCUCUUUCCUUUUCUCUCUCUCACUCCCCCUCAUCCACAAAAAACACAUUUCAUUUGUAAUUGUAGUAUUUCCUCAACAUCAACAACCUAAACAAACACAGAAAACACCACACCUCCAACGACACAAAACAAACAAACAAACCAACCAACAAAUCCCAAAACACACCAUCCACCUCAAUAACGACAACAACCCACACAAAAAUACACAACCACCGUCCAAGUUCCCUCCGCCGCCCACCACCGCCGUAUCAUUCCACCCACCACCACCGCCCCUUCUCUCUUUUCUCAAGGGUCGAUGGCAGAAUUUGGAAACAACAUCAACAACAACAACACGACGUCGUCUCGUUUUCAAUUCUUCAACCGUUCUCUCACCACGGUUCGCUCGAUCAACGACGGAAAACCACCGUCGCAGAAACCGCAGAAUCUCGAACGCGCCGCCUCGCUCCGCGGCAAGGUUGUCAAGAAGCUCUGCAGUUUAUUCGAGCCUCCGAAGCCAGCUCCUCCUGCGGAGGAUUUCGCCAGCAAACUCAAAUCCCUAAAAUCAAUCGAAUCUUCCGAUGGGGAAUCGCUUUCCGGCAAGCUAAAACCCGCGAAAUCGGUUGAUUCUUCGCCGGUGAUUCGGUUACCGGGGACUGAGGAUCGGAUUGUUCUGUAUUUCACGAGCUUGCGCGGGAUUCGGAGGACCUAUGAGGAUUGCUAUGCUGUGAGGAUGAUCUUCAGGGGAUUUAGGGUUUGGGUUGAUGAGAGGGAUGUGUCGAUGGAUUGUGCUUACAAGAAGGAGUUGAUGGGGUUGUUUGGGGAGAAGAAUAUGAGGAAUGUGGUUUUGCCUCAGGUGUUUAUACGAGGGAGGUGUGUUGGUGGUGCUGAUGUGAUCAAGCAGUUGUGUGAGGUUGGUGAGCUGGGGAAGAUUUUGGAAGGUUUGCCGAGGACGAAGCCCGGGUUUGUGUGUGAGAGCUGUGGGGAUAUGAGGUUCGUGCCGUGUGGGAAUUGCAGUGGGAGCAGGAAAGUGUUUGAUGAUGAUGAAGGGUUGUUGAAGAGGUGUUUGGAGUGUAAUGAGAAUGGUUUGCUUCGGUGUCCCAAUUGUUCGUCGAAUUGAUUGAUUGCUUUGGUGUUUGUAAAAUUGUCACACUGGAUGUGUAGCUGUUGCUGUUUUUGCAAUUGCAGCUUGUUAUGUGUUUUAGGUGUUGAUGAAUAAUUUGAUGAAGAUGGAGGGGUUUGGGUUGUGGAUAAUGCUGGUGAGGAUGAUGAUGAUGAUUAAGGGUUUGGUUAAGGUUAUGUCAUUGUCAUAUGAUUCAAAGCACUCUUUGAAUUUCAUAUGAUUGUUUUUUUCUUUUUUAUUAUUGGAAUUGUAUUAUGAGCUGAUUGAUUAAUGGUGUCUUCAGCUCCUUGAACAGCAUUUUGUUCAAGAACAAGAAUAGUGUGUUUAUCUCCCACACGAGAGGGAAAAAAGGGUUUGAGUAUGGUGUUGUAGUUUACUCGAGGUGAGGAGUGGUUUCUCCUCAAGGCGAUGUAAAUAUUUUAGUAUUAUGAUUCUGCAAGGGAUUUGCAAACAUUGACCAUUGAAGUUUAUAAAUGAGAGUGGCUUGCUUUUCCA